AUGGCCAUGUACUUUGCAGCUUGCGUCAUUCUCACCCUGAGGUUCGUCCCCAAGCGCGAUCGUGCAGAUCUGCUAAUGAUGGUGGGGGAAGUGGACCUGUCUUACGUCCACCUUCACUUUGAUUAUGUCUUUCUGUUGUCGUCCCUCUGCUCUCUGGCGGUCUUCGGUCUCAGUUAUUGGCU